AUGUUCAUGGAAAGGAAAAGGCUGUGCGUCAUAUGUGGAGAUUCCCGUGACGAACGAGAAAUGAGGAGUGCAUCUGCAACAAAAGUACAAAAUGCGAUUCUGGUAGCAUGCCUAUCGGUAUGUGGCGGUUUGAAGAAAAACGUGGAUCCGAAAAGCGUUUACGAUGAUUGCCAUGUGAACAGAAGGUUCCUGUGUCAUCCUCACUAUGUUCUUGCGGCACAAUAUAUAGCCGCUGAGAUGGAGUCGGUUGGAAAGCAGUUCCAACAUUUUGAGGAUCCUAACGCUUCCGGAAGUACGGCAUAUGUUGGAACAGAUGACAUACCGCCUCAUGUAAUACGAUUCGUGAAUGGUUUCAUGAUUGCUGCAGGCAUUGAAGGUAGUGUCACAGCAAAGGAUAUUUGUCAUUUUAUGAGCAUUGCUCUCCGACGCUACCACUCUACACCUUUGUGGCCGGCAGAAGCCGGAGUAUCUGCUAUCAGUCUGCUUUCGAGUUCUCGCAAUGACGUAACCUCUUAUGCGGAUUUUACGGAGGAAACAAAUCCCAUAGCGAUCAGCAAGCCUUCGACCUCUUGUAGCAACCCUGCCUCAUACAUGGAUUUUAUGGAUGAGACGAAACCAUCCACGAUAAGCGGAACUAUGAGCAACUGCAACACUAUCCCAUCGCAAACGGAGCUUGUGUAUUGUUCUCAAUCCACAGCCACCAAUAGGCAUUUUGUGGAUGUCGAAAGGAAGUCGUGCUGCAUCGUAUGUGGAACUCCGCACACCGAAGAAGGAUUCAGGGUAUCUUCGUCACUGAAAGUGCAGAACGCGAUUCUUGUAGCGUGUUUGUCAGCGUGUAGAUGUUACAUGAAGACAAGUGUGGAAGAUCUUUACGACAACUGUAAUGCAAGCAGAAAGAAUAUUUGUCAUCGACAUUUUGCUGCAGCGGUGAGCUCUAUUAAGUUCAUGAUUUAA